UCUGGGCGGGGACAGCUCGGCCUCGGGGCGGGGGCGGCGCUGCCUGCGGUGUGCGGCCUGUCAUGAGUCCGGCCGGGUGCUCCCAUGUGAACAGUUUUAAGGUGGAGAAUUGGAAGCAGAACCUGCGAGUGAUUUACCAGGGCUUUGUGUGGUGCGGGGCCGCCGAGAGCCGGCGGAGGAAGGCAAAAUCCUGCAUUUGUCACAUGUGUGGUGCUCACCUGAAUCGACUCCAUUCCUGCCUCUACUGUGUCUUCUUUGGCUGUUUCACUAAGAAACACAUCCACGAGCACGCAAAGGCGAAACGCCACAACUUAGCCAUAGAUCUCCUCUAUGGAGGAAUAUAUUGUUUUAUGUGUCAAGAUUAUAUAUAUGACAAAGAUAUGGAACAAAUUGCCAAAGAAGAACAAAGAAAAGCAUGGAAGUUGCAAGGGGUUGGUGAAAAGUAUUCAACAUGGGAGCCAACAAAGCGAGAACUGGAGCUACUGCGGCACAAUCCCAAGCGUCGGAAAAUAACUACAAACUGUACCAUAGGUCUCCGAGGGCUAAUAAACCUAGGAAACACCUGCUUCAUGAACUGCAUAGUCCAGGCACUGACCCACACUCCACUACUCCGGGACUUCUUCCUUUCUGACAGACACAAAUGUGAAAUGCAGAGUCCAAACUGCUGUCUCGUCUGUGAAAUGUCUAGGCUGUUUCAGGAGGUGAGAGGCAUUGGGCAGCUUGAGCCCAGAGAGUGUUCAAACAUCCAAACUGCCCAAAUACCGAUGAGCUUUGAACCUGGUCAAAAUUUUUACUCUGGGUAUCGGUCUCCACAUAUUCCAUAUAGGUUACUACAUCUGGUAUGGACACAUGCACGGCAUUUAGCAGGGUAUGAACAGCAGGAUGCACAUGAGUUUCUCAUCGCUGCACUAGAUGUCCUACAUAGGCACUGCAAAGGUGACGACAAUGGGAAGAAAGCCAGCAAUCCGAACCACUGUAACUGCAUUAUUGACCAAAUCUUCACAGGAGGGUUGCAAUCAGACGUCACUUGCCAAGUCUGCCAUGGUGUCUCCACUACGAUAGAUCCUUUCUGGGACAUCAGUCUGGACUUGCCAGGAUCUUCCACACCGUUCUGGCCACUAAGCCCAGGCUCCGAUGGGAAUGUUGUGAAUGGAGAAAGCCAUAUGUCCUCUGGGACCACCACACUUACAGAUUGUCUACGAAGGUUUACAAGACCCGAGCAUCUAGGAAGCGGUGCCAAAAUCAAAUGUAGUGGUUGCCAUAGUUAUCAAGAGUCAACAAAACAGCUUACAAUGAAGAAACUUCCCAUCGUGGCCUGUUUUCAUCUCAAAAGGUUUGAACACUCAGCCAAGUUACGACGAAAGAUCACGACCUAUGUCUCAUUCCCACUGGAGCUGGAUAUGACGCCAUUCAUGGCUUCCAGCAGUCUUUGCAGAGCCCAGAAUGAGCAAACAAUAAGCGUAGCUGUGCAAAUGGCAUUAUCCCGAAGUAAAGAGAGCAGAAUGAAUGGACAGUACCUGCAGCCUGUGGAUAGUCUAAACAAUGAGAAUAAGUAUUCGCUAUUUGCAGUCGUCAAUCACCAGGGCACCCUGGAGAGUGGGCACUACACCAGCUUCAUUCGGCAACACAAGGACCAGUGGUUUAAGUGUGAUGAUGCCAUUAUCACCAAGGCCAGCAUCAAGGAUGUGCUGGACAGUGAAGGGUAUCUCUUGUUUUAUCACAAACAGUUUCUUGAAUACGAGUAGCCUUAUCAGACUGGGGGACGCCUUCAGAACGUUACACAACCUACCUGAAAUGACUCUCAGCACUGAGGGGCUGACUUUGGUCUGAAGGAGUGAGACUGAACAGCUGAUGGAAUGAGCUGAGAGAGGCACAGCCAAUCAGACAGAGACCCUCACAGCUGCAGCAUGUCCGCAAAAGGGGCACAUUCCGCGAUGCUCCACCUGACCAAGUGUAUAACUAUAAUAACAAAGCACCCACUGAUAUGCACAUGGGGCUGAAAGCAAAGGAUGGUAUUAAUGACUUGCAAAUACUUUUUUUUGUGGAUUUAGAUAUUAAAUACUGUAUGAAACUAGUAGGCAUCUAUUUUCAGAAAAUGGCCAUUAAAGCUGAAUGCAGUAA